UGGAUGCUCUGGAGAUGAGAAAUGAGCAAGGGAACACCCCUCUCCAUUUAGCUGCAUCAAUGGGAAAUGUUCCCAUAUGCAAGUGUUUGGCUGGUAAGCAUCCGAAACUGGUUGGUGUCCGCAACCAUGAAAAUGAAACGCCCCUCUUCUCAGCUGUCCUUCAUGGUAGGAAAGAUGCUUUCUUCUGCCUUCACAAAAUAUGUGACAGGACCAAACAGUAUGAGUAUGGUCGAAGGGCGGAUGGCAAAACUAUUCUUCACUGUGCCAUCUUUGGAGAAUUCUUAGAUUUAGCAUUCCAAAUAAUAUAUCUGUAUGAAGAUUUUGUUAGUUCUGUUGAUGAGGAAGGGUUUACUCCACUGCAUCUCCUGGCUGGUAAGCCCAGUGCAUUCAAAAGUGGUACUCACCUCAGCUGGAUCAGCAAUAUCAUUUAUCAAUGUCUAAUUGUCGAGAAGCUGGAGAAAAAUGAGGGCUACAAUCAUUUCAACAGAACUUCUGAUGACAAGAAACCCUGGUAUCCAGACAACUAUGGAACUUGUAUGAGUUUCUGGAAGAUAAUUAAAGUACCAGUUUCAAUGGGUAGGGGAAAAAGCGAUGACUCAAUGGAUGCAGAAAAUCCUAAAGAAAAAGGUCACCAAUCAAGAAAUGGAGCUCAACAACAUCGACUGUUGCCGCCAAAUUAUGACAUUAUCUUUGAGUUCAUCAAGCUUGCAUAUAAGGCAAUGCUGGUUUUCUUAGGAUUGGGAACAAGAAAUAUAGAGAAAAUAAAAGAGAAGAAAGAGAAACACACAUGGUCGUGUCAGAUCAUGGAUGAACUACUUCAACGUGCUUCAAUAUACGAGUACGAUAGGACUGGAAAGAACCCCUGGCAUCACAAUACUAUAGAGAUGAGGAGGCAAGGCCUGAAAAUGUAUUCCUUUCAGAUACUAAACAAAACGAGAAUACAGAAGGAAUGAAACAAAAUGAGAAUAAAAAAGAUGAGAAGAAGAAAACUAGGAAGCUGGCAAAAAUGGAUACUCCAAUAUUGAUUGCAGCAAAGAAUGGUGUGAAGGAAAUGGUCGAGAAAAUCCUUGAACUAUUUCCAGUAGCCAUUCAUGACAGGGACUCAGAAAGAAAGAAUGCAGUGCUUUUAGCAGUGGAGAAUAGACAACCUGAAGUAUUUGAGGUUUUAGUUAAGAGGAAUUUUAUGAGAGACACUGUGUUCAGUGCAGUGGAUAAUGAGGGGAAUAGUGCAUUGCAUCUUGCUGCAAUGUUAAGAGACACCCUACCUUGGCAUAUACCUGGCCAUGCAUUGCAAAUGCAGUGGGAGAUCAAGUGGUAUAAGUGCAGUAUGUGAAGAAGUCUAUGCCGCAUCAUUUCUUCAGUCACUUCAACAAUCACAAUAUGACUCCAAAGGAGAUCUUUACAGAAAAUCAUGGUGAGCUUGUGCGCAAAGGAGGAAAAUGGCUAAAUAACACCUCCAGUUCGUGCUCUGUUGUUGCAGCCCUUAUUGCAACGGUGGCCUUUUCUUCAACAGCCAGUAUACCAGGCAGUUUUAAUGAUAAAAACGGCCUACCGAUCCUUGAACACGCUACAGAAUUUACCAUCUUUGCAAUUGCAUCACUUAUUGCUCUUUGCUUUUCGGUGACUUCCCUCAUCAUGUUUCUGGCCAUUCUCACCUCCAGGCAUCAAGAAAAAGAUUUUCACAAACAACUGCCUAAGAAGCUUGCUUGGGGUCUAACAGCUCUCUUCAUAUCCAUAGGGUCCAUGUUGAUUUCUUUUUGUGCAGCACACUAUCUUGUCCUUAAGGACAAAUUGCAACAUGUUGCAGGUCCAGUAUAUGCAGUGGCCUGCCUGCCAAUUGCAUUCUUUGCUGUGGCUCAGUUUCCCUUAUAUCUUGAUCUUCUACGAGCUACUUCUAGAAAGGUGCCACAGAGAAGCUACAAGGUGGAUCUCUAGGGUUUCAUGUUUACCAUCUUUGUUUGAGCUACAGUGAUGAUGAAAUAAUGUGGUUACUGAUCUAUAGAAGGGAAUGUAUAUAUCAGUGCUUUAAUAACAUAAUAUCAUUCCAUGUACCAUAGGGAAUUCCAUUAGUUAAUUACCAUAGGAACGCAAUAUUGCUUGCGGGAGAAACAUUUUUUCAUUGUCCACAGGAAUUGCUUUUGAUUACUUUUUAAUUACAAUCAGCAUUUCUCUCAUAG